AUGUCGUUAUCAACUUUUACAACUACGCCAUCAUCGCCAACACUACAGCCAACUUCUGUGUUGUCCACAGAGUCGUUAGAAAGUAGCCUGGAAACAAACGUGCAGGACUUCUGGUCAUCUUUCCCUUGCCCACCCCCAUGGAGGCCUCAUUUACUUUUUGAGGUCAACGUUUCGCGCUUUGACCCUCUAGUCAGCCGAACAGUCCGGUCAUUUCUGGCCGGGAAGUGUGACUUGCGACAUGAUGUUUCAGGAUUUGACAGGGCUAACAACCUUGGUCACGGUGACCUCAAUGUCAAACUUGACUUCCGUCCGACAGACUCCUCUGAUCCCAGGACAGCUAUUGGUGGUCAGAUUUCCCAUUACGAAUGGUGUGAUACCACGUGCCAGCUUUCCUUCGGUUGUGCUUUGUUUUUUGUUGUUGCAGUGAUGGUUGUGUCCUUGCUAGUAUGUAUCAACAAAAACCGAGUCCGGCACAAGAUGGUGGCCACACGACCUUCGCGCCAACAAUUACAAUUAAGUACAUCAACCAGCGAUGCAGCCAACUGUACAGAGUUCUCCAAUCUUGAAAUUCAAGGAGAGGAAGUCAUUUAUCCACCUUUCCGACAUCGUGGCCUUCCGAAUCCACCAAGAUCUUGCCACCGUUCGUGUGAUCCAAACUGGAACUGUCCUAACUGUUCAUCGUGCCGACCUCUAAUGAGUCCUAGCCGCUCGGAUCAGUACUACUCGCAUACAUACUCAGCAGUUUAUGAAUCUAUCGACGACACUGAUGAAGAAGCCUGUUUAAAGGAAGAGGAAAUCGUUCACCAUCCAAGGGACACAAUGCCCUCUUUAUCUGAACAACCCGACUCGAACCAGAGUUCUGCCCCAUUUGACAUUUCACAAACUUUAUUUGAUACCAUUCAGAAGCGUCCAGUAGCCAGAAGCGAUCCACGCGAGAAUCAGAAAUUUGCAGAAACAAAAUUCAACGGGGAAGAACUUUCAGGAACAAUGCAGAGAUCUAGGUUGCCUAAUUACUUCGAGCUGGAAAAAAACUGUGCCUUGUCUCCGCCUUACGAGAACGUUAACCAGAGUUAUCGCCAGUUAAACUGCCCCGUGGUCAAUAGUUUAUCAAAGAUCUACAACAAACCACCUGCCAUAGGUCCCAGCCAGCAUCCACUGACCCAACCGCCGUGUGAAUUCCCAUUCCCAAUGUUGGGAGACACGCCGCUACAUUCCUUUGUGAUGAGCCAGGUUAAACACAACGCUAUUCCCAACGCGAGUGAGUUCUACAAACCGAAAGCGAAUGCAGAAUUGACUAAUGCUUCUAAUGCAGGAGAAGAUCACAAAGACCCUCAUUUGAAAUCCCCAACGGUUCUACCCGAAUACGGUAGGGAACAUUUGAACAAAGCUCACACCCCUUUACAAGAUGGUCAACAUCGAUGUUGUUUAAACAUUCAAAACGACCAAAGCAGGCAGCUGAAGCGACAUUGUCAACAUGAUGUACAAAACUCUAAAACAUACACCUCCCACGUUUGUACCACAGCCUCAACUUUUUUCCCUAACAUUCCCAGCCAUAAUUUCUGCCCAACAUGUCAACAAAAUACUUCUGGACACCUUGUGAAUGUGCAGGGUGUGAUGUCAAUGCAGCAACCGAUGAAAGCCACACAGACAAUUCUCCCAGGGUUUAUUGCUCCUGACCUACUUAACGAAGCCUCCAAUCAUUCCAGAAAAGUCGGACUAAAAAGUAACGGUUUGAAUAACAAAAACAACGACAAAAAGUGA